UCAAAGAACCGCGCCUCUAACAUUCACGUGUUUCACUUGUUUCAGGCGAUGAAUCUCACAAUCAACUGCAGUGAAAACCCUCUCAGCCCAGGCUGUCGAGUGACACCGGGACAAUAUGACACGGAAACAUUUGCAUCAAACGUGUUUCGACUCACGCUUUUCUCUCUCGUCAUCCUUGCGUCACUUAUUGGCAACUGCGCCGUCGUCAAGGCCAUACGUGAACUACCAGACAUGCGCAAACCGCUUACUUACUAUCUUGUAACCAAUAUGGCGGUCGCGGAGUUGCUUGGUUCUCUGUGUUUGCCAUUUCUGCAGAUCUACGAUGAGUUGAAAACUUGGAUAUUUGGCAGCUUCAUGUGUCGACUGGUGAACUCGUUGCUGUUGCUCUCUUAUUUUGUGAUACCGUGGUCACUCGCGAUCAUUGCCAUCUUAAGGUUUAGGGUAAUGCUGACCAGGCGAAUUGCUAACGUGCACCUGUCAUGUAGGAGACUCCGGGUAAUGAUGGCCAUCGUCUGGCUUGCCGGAGUCUCGAUAAGUCUGCUCACCUUCAUCCUUGAGACCCAAGUCAAGAGCGUCUAUGAUGAUGUCUCCUACUGGUGCAUUGAGCUAUUCCCUGGGGAAACCCUUGACAACCACCCGUCCCCCCGUCUCCGCCACUUCUAUCUCACUCGCUCCCUCCUCAACUUUUUUAUUCCCGGGGCCAUCAUGGUUAUCGCAUACGGGGGGGUCGCUUCCAAGCUUAAACGUCACAUCAAGCGAAACCACUCCCGUGAAGAGAUCUCGAUGCAGACAAGCAGCGUUCUUGGGGUAACUGGUUCAGGGGGGAACAGCAACGAUACUGUUUUGAUUGUUGUGAGUCCCCCGCCUGAGGAUGGUAACACAGGGAUGAAAGAUCUAAAGAAGAUGGAGCACGACUUACUUCGUAUGAUUUACAUGAUUGUAGUCAUCUACAUCGGCUGUUACAUACCAUACCAGGUUUUCUUCAUGCUGGAGUACUUCCGUGCAACGUCAUGGAUGACUUGGUCGCAUUUCACUAUAACUCGCAAGUACGCAUACCUUCUGACGUGCUUCCCCAGCGCACUGCAUCCCAUCUGCUAUGGAACGAUGUGCAAAUUUUACGCAAAUAUGUUCUCGAAAUUAAUUCUCUGCAAGAAAUGACGAUGCUAACAUAUUUAUGUAUCCCUCCAGUACACAAUCAAGCAGCCUCUUCCUUCUUAUCGUUUGACAAAAAAAGGUUUUUCUUUCAUCUAGAUAACAUUGCAUCUGAAUAGCUGUAUCUUGAGCUCCCCAUACACCUAGAUAGUCCUUCUUUCAGCAUCACUGCAUUUCUUUGGUAAAUCUUCUCAUUUCCUUCUCUAAACAUGCUGUUUUCUAGCCUUAUUUCUACUAUACAGUCAGUUUUUGCAGCUUUCCUUACAUCCGUACACAGUUUGUACUAUUAGCCUUCCUUACACUUCCUUACAUCUUAACAGUUUUUACUAUAAGGCUUGUUACAUUUAAAGCGGUCUAUACGCCCCAAUUUGUACUACUAGCCUAAUGCUUCUGAAGAGUUUAUUCUAUAAGCUUUCCUUACAUCUGACGCACACGGUUUGUUCUUCCAGUCUUUAAUCCUUCCUUAGAACGUGUUCAGGUUCAUGCGCUUUGAACGUUAACGGCGGACAGUUUUGUUAGUCAACAAGCCAACAGGCCCGUAGGCCAGGGGUUGCGGCCCCUUUUUCUAGAUGAGUAGUAUUUAGUAUUAUUUAAAAAGGUAAUUGUUUGAUUGACAACUCAGGCCAAUGCUGGUCGGCUUGCGAAUAUCCUUCGGGGCUAAGAGGAAACGCGUCUCCCAUAGAAUACAGUUACUAUGCUGACUGAAUAGACUUUAAAAAACGCACCUCCCUGCUCCCAAGAUUUAUCUUAGGUUGCAGCUUUUCGACAUACCUUUCCUGUAGAUGAUUUAUUAUAUUGUAGUUAUAUCAAAGUAGUUUAUUUUAACAUUUUUCGAAUAUUUAGGUUACGGUAGUUUGAUUUGUCGUGUUGUUUUCAACCAGCACUUUCAGUAAGCAUAUACGAUCCAUAGUUUGUCAAAGGAAGCUAACCUAUUUAUAAGUAAACUUUUUGCAGUGCGUGCGUUCUGGGGCGGAUAUCCCGGGACAAAAAGAAACUCAAGAGCCAUAUGUACCCUCUGGCGGAAGUUUGACAACAAAUUAGGAAAUAAAUCAACAUAAGGGUGAAAUGCAGGUGCUAUCCAAAGAAUGAAAAUGAACCAUUUUAAUGAAGCAGUUCAAACUCGUUCGCGCGAAAAUAAUGGCUGCCAAAAAGUGGGUCAUUUUUUGUGAACGAUCGUUAAAUACUAUUCUCUUUCCAUACCUGUGACUCCCCCCCUCUUUAAGCAAAACCUGUGUUCAUGCCUGGAAAUCGUCUGUUUGUUUAAAUCCUUACUCUCCGACAAAGAAUUUACUUUCGAAUGUUAGAAACGCAAGCGUAACUGGCAGUUUUUACAGAGGCGUAAAGCAUACCAUUCAA